UGUAAAGUCGAUAUAUAACCGGUGUGUGCAGACAACGAUUUAACUAUUUGGUCGAUAUAAAUCGAUUUAACAUACGUCUUUCGUAAUACAUUUUCCAGUAGAGCAUUUCGAAAUUCAUUCUAAUGACUACUUUAGUUGUGAAGUUGUGAAGAGUUUUAUACGAAAUAUUUUUUUAAUUUCAACAUUUUAUGUGCCCAAAUAACAAACAACACGAGUCUCGAGACGUUUUGUUGUGGGAAAAGUGCAUCUUCCAAAAAAAUACGUCUUCUGCAAUUACUAACCUGUCAUGCCGGCCAACAAAUUCAUGAUCGGUGUCGAUUCCAUUUACCACGAAGCCAGCAGCCCUGAUUCUGGAUACGACAUGGAGAUGUCACUACUUGGAUUGAAGAUGGAACGAGAGGACCAGGAAAACGUCGACGAAGAUACAGACGAGGAGGACGACGACUGCGAAGAAAGUUUCGGAGACAGAAGGGAAGUCGAGAGAGCGAAAGAUACGAAAACUGAAGGCGAAGUAUCAAAUAUGGCGAAACAAAGACACGGAAACCGGAAACAUGAUGGUCACAUCGGCAAUGGUUCUGGAAACAGAAAAAAGCGAUACAGCAGGGCGAGGUCCUCCAGAGCAAGGAGCCCAACUCAGGUGUUACGUCUUAAGAAACAUCGUCGAAUGAAAGCCAAUGAUAGAGAGCGAAACAGGAUGCACAUGUUGAACGAGGCCUUGGAUCGACUGCGGUGUGUCCUACCAACAUUCCCAGAAGACACAAAACUCACCAAGAUCGAAACUCUGAGGUUUGCCCACAACUACAUCUGGGCUCUCAGCCAAACAGUUCACAUGAUCCAGCAAGAUUCAAGUUCUCCAAACUCUACAUCUGCGUCGUCAUCAGGAAAUGGAGUGACGCUUAACGUCGGGAGUGUCACUGUUAGCAUUGGAGGAGACCAUGGGAACAUGAUCACGUCGACAACUGGCAGCUGUGCCGUGGCCCACCAGAGACGAGUCACCAGUGCAGGACAACAUCAAGACAGUAGCAACUCUCGCUGCUCAGAUUGGAACAUCGACCAAGAUUCGAACUGUUACUCUGUUUUCAGUGGGAGUGACCAAAGUGUGGAUUUCAUUCCUCAGCGCGAAGACCAAUGCAAUCUACACCACGCGCCUUACCACGAAAACCAUUCUGCAAUGACAGCCAUAUAUGAGUGCCUAUGAACACCAUCUGACGAGACUGUAACAUGUAUUACAUUUUAUAUAGUAUACUUCGUCUCUGGACAAUUUUGAAUAAUUUUAAAUAAUUGUGAUAUAAUCUGUCAUAAUUACAUCGUAAUUAUA